AUGGACAUAUUGACCCACAUUGAGGCUUUAUUAAUCGAAAUCCAAGUGCUGGAGCUCAAGCUCAUCCACGACCAAAGACUUUGCAGGAUAGACAAUGCCCCAUCCCAUCGAACCCGGGCAACACAGCAUUUCCUGACACAAAAUACUCCCGAGUUCAUCAAACACACCGAAUGGUCUCCGAAUUCCCCCGACUGCAACCCGCUCGACGAUUCCAUCUGGACAGUCCUGUCGGAGGCUGUUUACAGGAAUCGGCAUGAGAAGUUUUCGUCUUUGGACUCCCUCAAGCAAGGCGGAAUAUGUGAUAUUGAGCAAUCAACUGUCUCCGGGAAGAGUUUUGACACGAUGGCAGCUCCUCAUACAUUCCUUGAUCACGAUGCUAGUUUUUUCCACGGAUUUGUGGCUUCCUUGUCAGUGAACAUCGUGUCUGAACUAGGAGAUAAAACGUUCCUAAUAGCUGCAAUCAUGGCAAUGAGACAUCCGCGAGUCGCAGUCUUUUCUGGAGCAAUGCUUGCUCUUACCUUCAUGACACUUUUUGCCGUUGUAAUUGGAUGCGCUGCUACCGUCAUUCCGGAGGUUUACACGCAGUAUGCCUCUGCCGCUUUGUUUGCUCUCUUUGGCGUCAAGAUGUUGCAGGAAGGAAUCGAAAUGUCUGGGAAUGAAGGGCAGGAAGAGUUCGAGGAAGUUCAGGCAGAUCUCCAGAAGAAAGAAGAGGUGAUCGAGAAUGCGAGCCUCAUGAUCCUCAUUCAAUCGUUCACCCUCACGUUCGUGUCCGAGUGGGGCGAUCGAUCACAAUUGGCCACCAUCGCCCUCACAGCCCGACAGGUGAAGUCCUUCGUCUUCCUCGGCCUCGGAUUCCAAGCGUCUUAUAAAGAAAUCAUUUCCACCAAUUACCAGAAUGUAUGGGGAGUGGGAUUGGGAAGCUUUUGUGGGCAAGGACUCAGCACUGCCUUAGCCAUCAUUGGAGGUCGAAUGAUUGCUCAAAAGAUUUCAGUAAAAAUUGUGACCAUUUUGGGUGGUUUCGUCUUCCUGAGUUUCGUGCUGUCCACAUUAUGCUUCCCUCCUGAUUGAGAUUGAUAGUAGAGCCAUAUUUUCCACUCCUGCUGCUGCUGGCCCCGAUCUACGUUUGUUCAAGACGUCCGGCCAUCAGAAAGUCACUUGGCAAUUUUAUUAUCUCUCUUUCAGGUGAGGAACUUAUUUGCCGUUUCAUUUUUAGUAUCUCGGACUUCGAAAAUUGUUACGCACACUCUGAGAAUUUGAGCAACGCGACUUAGCACUUAUCUAGAUCGAACAUUUUGGUUUUUAAAAUGCUCUAUUUUCUAUUGGUAC